AGUCUUCAACAAGUAGGUUGGGACCGACAGCCAGAAGGCAGCAAAAGUCUUAAGUCAAGUACAAACUGUUUCCAGCAAGUGAUAUUGAACAAGACGAAUAUACAUACAUAUUUCGUUACUUAUACGUUUUCGCUAAAGUGCCGAUGCAGCUUAGGUGCAACAAAUACAAUUCUUUUGGGUGCAAGCAACAGUUAAAGCUAAAUACUUUAAAAGAUAUUUAUUCCACAAGACUAUUAUAAAAGAACAAAUACAAAAUGGAAGGUGAGUCCACAGAGUCGACGCAUAAUACUAAGGUGUCCGAUUCGGCCUACUCGAAUAGCUGCAGCAACAGUCAAUCGCAGCGCAGUGGCAGCUCCAAGUCCCGUUUGAGCGGCAGCAACUCCUCCGGCAGCAGCGGCUAUGGCGGCAAGCCCUCUACCCAGGCCAGCAGCAGCGACAUGGUCGUCAAGCGCAACAAGGAUAAGUCGCGCAAGAAGAAGAAGGCCAAAACGGCUGCACAGGCAACAACAACAAAAACAACAAACACCAAAUCCCUGGAGAAGGCCGAGGAGCCAUUGCUGGCCAGCCCGAACAAUGGCAGCUGCGAAAAACAACAGCAGGAGCUGCAGGAGCUGCAGGACACACAACAGCUCCGCGAAUCGACGCCAAGCGAUCCGCACGAGCUAGGCGACAAACCGCAGUCGGAUGACGACGUGAACGAGAAUGACCCCAAGCCGGAGCAGGCCAAGCAGGUGGAAACAAUAACAGCCAAAAUGAUCAUACCCGGCAGCCAGCAGCCGGGCGGCAAUCCGAUGACGGCCAGCGUUACCGUCACCAUCGAUGGCUGCCACGGUGCGGAGAAGACGGGCGAAUGGGCGCCGGGGCGACUGGAGUCGCAUGCCGCGUGCCUCGGCAAACAGCAGUUGCAGCAGCAGCAGCAGGACCGCGCCAAGGAGGACAGCUUCUCUUGCAUCAUCUCCCUGCACGAUGGCGUUGUGCUCUUCACCACGCCCAAUAUAAACGAUAUGCUGGGCUAUCCCCAGGACAUGUGGCUGGGACGAUCCUUCAUCGAUUUCGUGCACAUCAAGGAUCGCGCCACAUUCGCCAGUCAGAUAACAACGGGCAUACCCAUUGCCGAGUCGCUCUGCAGCCAGUCCAAGGAAGCCCGAACGACAUUCUGUGUGAUGCUCCGGCGUUAUCGCGGCCUAAAAUCUGGUGGCUUUGGUGUCAUCGGACGUCCGAUCAGCUAUGAGCCCUUUCGGCUCGGCCUGUCGUUCCGCGAGGCACCCGAGGAGGCGCUGCCGGAUGGCUACACGCUCUCCAAUGGCACCAGUAUGCUGCUCGUCAUCUCAGCCACGCCCAUCAAGAGCAGCUACAAAGAGCCAGAUGAGUUUCUAUCACCGAAGGGCCCCAAGUUUGCCAUACGCCACUCGGCCGAUGGCGUCAUUUCGCAUGUGGAUCCCGCUGCGGUGUCUGCACUUGGCUAUUUGCCGCAGGAUCUCAUUGGACGCUCGAUUAUGGAUUUCUAUCAUCACGAGGAACUCUCUAUCAUUAAGGAUAUCUACGAGAAGGUCAUGAAGAAGGGCCAGUCCGCUGGCUCCGCCUUCAGCAGCAAACCCUAUCGUUUUCUCAUCCAAAAUGGUUGCUACAUACUCCUCGAGACGGAAUGGACCAGCUUUGUGAAUCCCUGGUCACGCAAACUGGAAUUUGUCGUGGGACAUCAUCGCGUAUUUCAGGGUCCCAAGCAGUGCAAUGUUUUUGAGUUAGCGCCAAAUGAAAUGCCCAAGAUAUCGGAGGAUUUGCAGGAACGGAACGCGCGCAUUAAGGAUGAUAUUUUUAAGAUGCUGACGGAGACGGUGACGCGUCCAUCCGAUACGAUUAAGCAGGAGGUGUCGCGUCGCUGUCAGGCUCUGGCCAGUUUCAUGGAAACGCUCAUGGACGAGGUGGCCCGGGCAGAUCUGAAGCUGGACUUGCCGCACGAGAACGAGCUGACCGUGUCGGAGCGUGAUAGCGUCAUGCUGGGCGAAAUAUCGCCGCAUCACGACUAUUAUGACAGUAAGAGUUCCAUUGAGACGCCGCCCAGCUACAAUCAGCUAAACUAUAACGAGAACCUGCUGCGUUUUUUCAACAGCAAGCCCGUCACCGCGCCCGUAGAGAACGAUCCGCCAAACCUGGAGUCCUCCUAUGUGAGUUGCGCACGCGAGGAUGCUCUCAGUCCGGUGCAUGGCUUUGAGGGUAGCGGUGGCAGCGGCUCAUCUGGCAAUUUAACAACCGCCAGCAAUGUGCGCAUGAGCAGUGUGACAAACACUAGCAAUACGGGCACCGGCACCUCCGGCGGCGGCGGCGGCGGCGGCGGCGGCGGCGGCGGCGGCGAUAAUUCCGCCAGCGGCGGCAGCAGCGAUCCGUUGCCGGUCAACAUAACUCUAACCGAAAACCUGCUGAACAAGCACAAUGAUGAAAUGGAGAAAUGUAUGCUAAAGAAGCAUCGAGAGUCGCGCGGACGCACCGGCGAAAAGUGCAAAAAGUCCGUCAUUGAGAAGAUGCCCGAAUUUAGCGGACCCGGCCAUGGUCAGACCAUUAAGCGCGGCGGCACCCACUCCUGGGAGGGUGACGCCAACAAGCCCAAGCUGGCGCCCAAUGCGGGCACAAGCCCAGCCGAGGACGGCCAGAUGACGACAACCAAAUGGGAGGCGCCCAUGACGGUCAGUCAUCUGUUCCAGAGCAGCUAUAACUUUCCGCAGAGCAUCAAUCUAUGGCCGCCGUUCUCGCUGGGCCUGACCACGCCCACGGUGCACACAACGCACACGUCAAUUGCCCAGAAGAGCUUCUCGCAGCAGCAUAGUCUAUUUCCUGCCUUCUACUAUAUACCCGGACCGCUGGCCAGUGCCGCAGCUGGAAGUGCCGCAGCCCAGAUUAGCGUCAGUUCCAGUGCAGCAGUCCAGCACAGUCCGAAUGCCGAAGGCGACAUUCCGAGCACAUCCCAGCAGGAGCCGACAGCUGCGACUCCCAUGCACAUGCCAUAUAUGGCCGGCGUCAUGUAUCCGCAUCCAUCGCUCUUCUAUGCGUACCAGGCGAUGCCCUUCUCCAGUGUCUCGAGUGCCGUCCAGAUGUCCGUGCAGUCCACUGGCUCCCAGUCCAACAACAACAACAACAAGUCUAUCUAUACGGCACAACAGGUUAAGAUGGCACCCGUGCCCACGACGACAACCCAAAAGCCGGGCGCCUUCCAUUCCAUUACACCCGCACAGCUGCACAAACCCGAUCUCCAGGACACAUUGGUCGAUGCGGAAACCAGCCCAAAAAUAUCAGCCCAGGAUGCGUCCAAACAGGAGCUGUCUGAGUUGCCCAAUACAUCGGCGACAGGUUCGUCCGAUCAACGGAACAAUUCCAACAAUCCAAAGAAAUACACGGAUAGCAAUGGCAACAGCGAUGACAUGGAUGGCUCCAGCUUCUCCUCCUUCUACUCAUCCUUUAUCAAAACAACCGACGGCUCUGAGAGUCAGCUCGACAAUGAGAAGGAGACGAAAGUUCGCAAGCUUAAGCGUAUAAAAACGAAACCCAAUUUCAAUUUCCAUCAAUUUUUCGCAGCCCAUCGUUGAGCAUCCGGAGGAGGACCAGACGCAGCACGGCGACGGAUAGCAGGCCAAGGGACGGCUCUAGUUGUGUCGAAUCCUAACAUCCAGUUGCAGCAAUAACCCAGGCCGCAAUCCCGGAUCCAGACGAGCCUCGCCUGGACAACCAGACCAAACGCUUGAGCAUUAUUUAGUUUUCCGUUUCGUGUUUAUCUACAUAGAUUCAUUUAUCCUGUUUUCUGAUCAAAUUCGGUUUUGUACGUGAAAAAAAGGCAACGUUAAAAAACAAAAAAAAAAACAUUUACACCAAAUUAUGUGCCCAAGCGAGAAAUUUCAUAUCCCAAUAAAC